AUGCACAAGAGAGAUGACUUCGUCACGCGUUCUGGGUCUAAGCUCUUCCUGGACGGAUUCGAGUUCCGCCCUGUCGGGCCCAACAUCUACUGGCUCGGGUUAGAUGAGAACGUCGUUCCCAAUCUGUCUUACCCUUCGCAGACUAGGGUAUGGGAGAUGAUGGGCAUCGCGAGUGCCAUGGGUGCGAAUGCUAUCCGCGCGCAUACACUUGGCAUCAGCUUCGGAAACUCCCUCAGUGUAGUCACUGGCCCGAACACAUACAACGACGGUGCAUACCAGGCAAUCGAUUUCGCCAUCAUGGCUGCGCGAGUCUACGGCCUGAAACUGAUCAUCCCUCUUUACAACUGGUAUCACGGUGGCAAGUAUCAGUUUGUGGGCUGGGCGGGUCACACCUGGUCCGGCACUGGCGCGGACAUCACACCUCCUGACGUGGGGGGUUUCUUCUACAACGACACCACCUGCAUUCAGCUGUUCAUGGACUACAUUCAACAUCAUCUGACCCACGUCAACCAGUACACCGGCAUUGCCCUGAAGGAUGACCCGACCAUCAUGAUCUGGGAGACAGGUAACGAGCUGAGCGUAUACCAGCGUGAUGAUGGGCCACCGCCCAACGCCUGGACCCAACAGAUCUGCGCACUGAUCAAGAGCCUGGCACCCAACCAUCUCUGUAUGGACGGCACAUUCGGCAUCUUCCCUAAUUCUGGACAGCUGAGCAACAGCAAUGUGGAUGCAUUGACCGAUCAUUUUUAUCCUGCUUCCGUAUCCCGCUUACAGACCGGCGCAUCGUAUACAAUGAACGAGGCUGGAAAGGUGUACAUCGCAGGCGAAUGGGACUGGACGGGCCAGUUUGGCGGUGACGACAUCAACAGUUUCAUGAACGCCGUCCAGAAUAUCGAUGGGACUGGCGAUUUCUUCUGGAGCUUGUUUGGUCACGACUCGGAUUGCUGCACCCUUGUAACCCACAAUGAUGGAUAUACAAUGUAUUAUCCGGGCACCACGUCAGGUAAGCCGUAG